AUGAUAAGUAGCAUACUCGUAUCGUACCCCAACUCCACUUUCGGAAGUUACGCGACUAUAUCUAUAAGACCCAAUUCUUAUAUAGUCAUAACGGAAAUCGAAAACUCCGAUUUGACGGUGAGUGAUUUCCUCAGUGCUGUGGGUGGUAUUUACGCUACUGCAAUGGGAAUCUAUCUAUUCUUAUACGGCUCCUAUGAAAUGAAUCCAUGGGGUUUGAUUCAAAAUCUGCCGCGCGUCCGCCACAAAGUUAGGACAACCCUCUACGAAAGUCUACGUCCAAAUAUUCCGUUCUCGGGUCCUGUGUUAUCAAAAGAUCUUUCGAGCGACGAGAAAUUUGAAGCAGUGCAACAAAGACUGCUUUUAUUGGAGUUCUUUUUAAAGGAAUACGUUGUAGGCGUAGACAACAUCAUGUCCGAUGAAAUUGCUGCAAAAA